AUGUCUCAGUCUAACAUUGAAGGGCAAAAGAAGGCCGUUGCAGUGUCUGCUGCGGUCCAGCAAAGUGACAACAUGGCACAUGCAUUGGCGGGCGCUGGAGGCGGUAUACUGUCAAUGCUCUUGACUUAUCCCCUGAUAACCCUUUCCACGAGAGCGCAAGUCGAGUCCAAGCGUGCCCAUUCCACGACGUACGACGCAAUACGCCGCAUCAUUCAACGAGAGGGGGUUUCUGGGCUCUAUUCCGGUCUUGAAUCUGCGCUCUUUGGCAUCAGCGUCACGAACUUCGUUUACUACUAUUGGUACGAAUGGACGCGUUCGGCUUUCGAAAAGGCGGCUGCGCGGGCGGGGCGGUCCUCAAAGAAGCUCACGACGGCGGAGUCAAUGAUCGCGGGCGCUAUCGCCGGGAGUGCGACGGUCCUGAUCACAAACCCUAUAUGGGUUGUAAACACUAGAAUGACAGCCCGCAAGUCCGAGUCGGAACAAGAAACAUUGCCAGGGACUCCCCCCAAGAAGUCGCGGGCAUCUACAAUUAGUACAUUGUUGGACUUGCUCCGGCAAGAGGGGCCCAAGGCUCUCUUUGCUGGUGUUUUGCCAGCCCUCAUUCUGGUUAUUAACCCGAUUCUACAGUACACAAUUUUUGAGCAGCUGAAGAAUAUUGUGGAGCGUCGUAGGCGUAUGACGCCAAAGGAUGCGUUCUAUCUUGGGGCACUUGGCAAGAUACUGGCAACUUCGAUCACCUAUCCCUAUAUUACGGUGAAGAGUCGCAUGCAUGUUGCUAGUAAAGAUGGUCCUAAGGAGAGUCUGAACGGGAGCCUGAAGAGAAUCGUCAAGGAAGAGGGUUUUGUGGGCCUUUACAGAGGCAUUGGGCCAAAGGUCACACAGAGCGCCAUUACUGCGGCGUUCUUGUUUGGGUUCAAGGAUGUUCUUUAUGACCUUAUGGUCUCUCUUCGAAAGAGGAACCGGGCAAUUUCCAAGUGA